GAGUUUUAUUCGUUUUCGUCGCUCGACUGAAACAAGAAAUAACUUCAUCAUGUCUGGAAGAGGCAAAGGCGGUAAAGGACUCGGGAAAGGAGGCGCUAAGCGUCACCGUAAAGUGCUUCGCGAUAACAUCCAGGGAAUUACCAAGCCCGCCAUUCGUCGUCUAGCUCGCCGCGGCGGAGUCAAGCGCAUCUCCGGUCUGAUCUACGAGGAGACCCGCGGUGUGUUGAAGGUGUUCCUGGAGAACGUGAUCCGCGACGCCGUCACCUACACCGAGCACGCCAAGAGAAAGACCGUCACCGCCAUGGACGUUGUGUACGCGCUCAAACGACAGGGACGCACCUUGUACGGCUUCGGAGGAUAAACCGCUUCAGAUCAGAGAACAAACCCAACGGCUCUUUUAAGAGCCAC